CUGCCCCUCUCAACUCUCCAGUCUCCUGCGGCCCUGCCUCCUGCCUCCCUCUCUCUCACUCCGCGCGGCCGUCUCUCUCCGGCUGCCUCUCUCUCUCUCUCUCUCUCUCUCUCUCUCUCUCUCUCGCGGCCGUCUGUCGACUCUCUCUCUCGCUCUCUCGUUGCAAGCGGCAAGCCGUUGUGUCUCUCUCUCGUCUCCCGUCGUGUCCGGUGGCUUAACUUCAUCGCCGUCUCCCUCGCUUUCUUGUUGCAAGCGGCAAGCCGUCGUAUCUCUCUCUCGUCUCCCGUCUUUUCAGUAUUGUUUUGAGGGCUGGUGGGCACGUGCAUGCAGAACAGGAUGGUAGAAUGCAAUGUUUGCCACUCAAAAUUGUUGUCCCCAACUUCCAAAACUGUGUCAAGGGCAUAUGACCGGCAUAGAAUUGAUGUUUCCUCUAAAACCAGGGUCCUGAACAUCCUUUUGGUUGUUGGAGACUGUAUCUUUGUUGGUCUACAGCCUAUAUUGGUUUAUAUGUCUAAGGUGGAUGGGAAAUUCAUGUUUAGUCCUGUCAGUGUUAACUUUUUGACAGAGGCAACAAAAAUGAUUUUUGCUAUUGUUAUGCUCUUGAUCCAGGGUCGGCAUAAAAAAGUUGGUGAGAAAUCUCUUCUCUCUCUUUCUACGCUUGUACAGGCAGCUCGAAACAAUGUGCUUCUCGCUAUUCCCGCUCUCCUUUAUGCUAUUAACAAUUAUUUAAAGUUCAUUAUGCAGCUUUAUUUUAAUCCCGCGACGGUUAAGAUGCUGAGCAAUUUGAAGGUUUUGGUUAUUGCUAUUUUGCUAAGAAUAAUAAUGAGAAGGCGUUUUUCCAUUAUUCAGUGGGAGGCUCUUGCUCUGCUGCUCAUUGGAAUUAGUGUCAACCAGCUGAAAUCUCUACCUGGGGGUACCACUGCUCUAGGUCUUCCAGUUGCUACAGGCGCAUAUUUAUACACAUUGAUUUUUGUCACUGUUCCAUCACUGGCAUCAGUGUACAACGAAUAUGCUUUGAAGAGUCAAUUUGAGACAAGCAUUUACCUUCAGAACUUGUUUCUAUAUGGUUAUGGUGCCAUAUUCAACUUUCUAGCUAUUAUUGGAAUCGCCAUUUUCAAAGGUCCCAGUAGCUUUGAUAUACUGCAAGGACAUUCCAAGGCUACUAUGCUUUUAAUUUGCAACAAUGCAGCCCAAGGGAUUUUAUCAUCAUUUUUCUUCAAAUAUGCAGAUACAAUUUUGAAGAAAUAUUCAUCAACUGUUGCCACAAUCUUCACAGGGAUAGCAUCUGCUGCGCUGUUUGGUCAUACUCUGACAAUAAACUUUGUCUUAGGAAUCUCUAUUGUCUUCAUCUCUAUGCAUCAGUUCUUUUCACCACUUUCGAAGACUAAGGAUGAACCACAGAAUGGUAAUUUGGAAAUGAUGGACAAUGAGAACAAUCGAAGGUCAAAGGAUACAUCAUUUGUAAAUAUGGCAGCUGGGGCAAAUGAGGAUACAAGCCAUCGUGUUGAACAAGAUGAGAAAGCACCUCUUCUUCCCCUCUAAGGAAUCCUGGCGCGUAUAUUCUUUUGGCUGGCUUCAUCAGACAGUUUGAGAAGAUAACACUGGUUUUCAGUAGAAUAAAAUUUCUAUUUGAAGAGAAUCCACCGCAUGUUUUGGCAGCUCCCUUUCUUUGUGCUUCGUAGGAUCCACCAGUCACCUGGUUGCAGCCUCUGGUAGCUUUUAUUGAAAGUAUCCAGCCCUUUGAGCAAGUCAAGAUCAACCAUAGAUGAAGGCUAUAAAUCAUAUACUUAAUGGCAGAAAUUUUUGUAUCAAUCCUUUUUCUCCUGGUAUAGAAAAUAAUAUAUUCCCUCCCAUUCAUAUUCACAUGCGCUUUUCUAGUUUUUUUUCUUCAUGAACUAGGAGGACUACUUUUGUCCUGUAUUGUAAGAUUCUUGCAGUUCAUGUCAAGAAAACAGAUAUUGUGCAAUUUUUCUUUGGAAACUUUUGCAUCAGCUUUUUAAAGUUAGGUAGGAGUUAUGUUGCCAAUUCAUCAGCAUUUUCUACCAGAACAUUUACAUAAUGGUUUUGUUCUAUGCAUCUAAAACUAGGAGGUGUAAAGUUUAUCCAGAGAGAACUGCUGUUAUGUAUUCAGCCUUCCACAUCUACUAUAUUACAUGAUUCAUGAUUGUGGUGUAAAUUGCAGUUAAAUGAUGUCAUGGCAAACGUGUAUAGGCAGGCAAGAAUAAUAUAUUUUCUUCUUUUGGCUCUUUC